CUAACGAUAGUGCCCUCUUUGGUUGGACACCUCUAAUUUGCAAACUUUAGCUUUUAUACAAUUUUAAGCUAACAAACGGCAGCUAAAUAAACUGCAGGGAGCACUUAACGUUUACCUUCCACGCAAUACUCAGAGGCACACAUAUGUCGCAAGGCGGUGGCACACCAGCGGGCAGCAACGCGGCCGCACUUCAGGCAGCUGGCGGGGGCGUUGUCUUCAGCAAGGUCUUCAUUCAGCGCGAUUACAGCGUCGGCACCUCCGUCAAAUUUCACACGAGGCUUCCCACAGAACUGGAGGGUAUUAUUGAACGACACGUCUUCGAGUCUACCAUCAAUAGGCUAAACGAAUUUUAUGCCGAGGCAGAGGAGGGCUCCUGCGGCACCUACUGUGAAGGCUGUAUAGGCUGCAUCACUGCAUACUUGAUCUACAUGUGCUCCGAAACGCACUACGAAAAGACCCUUCGUAAGAUAUCCAAAUUUGUGGCUUCCCAGAAUGAGCGCAUUUACCAUCAGAAGGGACUGCAGCUGAUCGAUCCCACCUUUCGGGGUCUUCGCGUCAUAGAGAUUACAAUAUUCGAUCGUCCUGGGCGAACGUGACUUCCGCUUUCCCAUUCAGCCAAUGAGUUUUUCAUGUGAGAUCAACCAACAAAAACAACCAUAGCAACAGCAUCAACAAGGAGAAGGGAGAAGGAUCCGUUUCGAAAAUUAGAAAGCAAAAAGUCAAUGCCAUUGUACGUAUGCUUGUGCGUGUGUGUGUUUCCAAAUAUCCAAAAGCUGUGGAAUCAGCUAAAGCUUUAUAUUAUAUCAACAUGUGUACUGGCACCACAGCGGCUAGUUCGUGUUUUGAGGCAUGCGACUUAGUCAUGAGUAUGCUGGGAACGCGGACGACCCGUCUCUGCUGCAGCCACAUACGAUACGACAUACCUUAAAUAACAAGAGUUAAUGGUUAGCCAAGGCAGAGUUACAGCCAGUUAGAUAGUAUUUACGCAUUAGCAGGCAUUAGUCAUGUAAGUGAAAAGCUACUGAAUUGCAUUUUGCGCCCAAGGGAUAGUUGCAGCAUAAGAUAUGGUUACCAUUGUCUAACAGAUUGUUUGUUUUCUAAUUAAAAAUAUACAUAAGAACAUACUACUUCUAACCCUUCGCUUGUCCCAACUCUGUAAGUGCGUUGCAGCCACAGAACAUGCAAAAAUAGUUAUAUGUAGUUAUAUCAAAGUAUCAUACGACUAAACUAAACGAUUUCAGACAGCGCCAAAUGAACUUAACCAUCGACAAGCGAAGAACUGUUCAAUUUAAAUACAAUUCCGCAACAUGGAUUAACAUAGUUGUCUAGCUUAUAAGGAAAUAUAUACAUAUAUUACCGUCAUUUAAACGAAGACAAUCUGUUUUCCUUUCCAUUUUAUUAGCACCAAUUUAUUAGCAAAUAUGUGUGUUGACAUACGAAAUAUGUGGUGCGAAAUUUGGUGCACAUUUUUGUACUUGUUUGCUUAUCAUCAACGGUUUUAUUGUCAAGUUCAGGGAAAGUACGGGUAUAAAAGGCCGGACUCAAUCAGACUCAAAACAUCUGGGGUUUCGAUGCGAAAAGAUGAAGUUCAAUAUCUAUCUGCUGGGAGUAUUCCUGUUGGCCAGUCUCUGCCUCCUUCAGUCCUCUUCUGCUCAGGACACGACAACUACGACCACAACCACAGCCAGUCCGACAAUUGUGCGUACGAAGCAUGUGACAAAACAUGUGAACAAUAAGCAGGUUAAAACUGUCCACAAGAGACGCACCAAUGCGAAUAUAAUAGUGUACGCAAAUUAACAAGUGGAUGAAGAACUCCACUUGCUCGUAAUAAUAAAGAUAUGUCGAUUCUUGCUCACCUAAA